AUGGCGGCUCACUUCGCGUGGCUGCAGUGUCCAUCUGGAGAGCACGAUGCGAGAGACUCUGCACAUCCCAAGCAGCGCAGCAGGCCUCUCCCAUUGCGCAUGCGCACCUACAGCGUCACCGGACUCUGGAGCCCGGGAUUCGACGAGAAGCGCGACGGAGUGCACGCAAGGAACAAAUCGCUAUCGGUCGCUCACGAUGUAUCUGACUUCAGCCCUACCGGCUUGGGGAGGAUUUCCGACGACGAAGACGGCCAUGUCUCUUCCGACGACGACGACGAGGAAGAUACGGGAAGGACGUCGCUCGAGGAGACUUCCGUCUCGAAUUUCGCCGACAUCUCGGGAAUGUCGCUGUCACCGGACACGCCACUUACGAGUAUUGCCAGCGAAAGAAGCUCACUCGAUUGCGACGACGGGCCUAACGUGCUGGCCUACGACUUUAGUCGGAUCGACUAUGAGUUGGAAAGAGCCAAAGUGUUGGGCACCGGUCUCUGGUCUACGGUCUACCUCGCCGAGCAGAAACGUACUCAAGCCCCUCGAUUGUCCGCCUCUCUAUCGCCGAAGAAGUCUCCUCGCUGGUCUCGAAAGUCGAGAAGCUCUUCUGCCCCGACGCUCUUCGCCGUCAAAGUCCCCUCUCGGCAGGACGCCAAGGAAAUCUUCGACCAAGAAGCUCGCGUGCUGACCCAUCUACUGAGACGCCCAACAGCGACCCAACACAUUGUGUCCUUCUACGGACUGGACCCACGCAAUGGCGCUCUGGUCUCCGAAGCAGUGAUAGGAGGCUCUCUUGAGAACCUCAACGGGCGUCUCAAAGUCAUGACAGAAGUCGCGCGCCAUCUCGAACUCGUCAACAUCUUCCCGGGGAUUGCCUACGAUCUGAUCAGCGGUCUCACCUUCCUUCACCACGAGGGAGUCGUGCAUGCGGACAUCAAGCCGGGCAAUGUACUGCUGGACGUCUCGGAGCAUGCUACGCAGCAACAACCGGUGAUUCGGGCGAGGUUCAUCGACUUCUCGGCUGCUUUCAUUCCCAGCAGAGGCGAUUCGGCAUCUAAUGCCGGAGGCACGUGGGAUUACAUGGCCCCGGAGCAGAUGCGGAUUCAGAAGGAUCUGAGUACGCCGACUUUCGCGUCGGAUGUCUGGAGCUUGGGGAUAUCACUGCUGUACAUUCUGGUCGGUGACUCGCCGUACUCGGCUGCAUGCGCAGGGAAUGUCUUCAUGCUGAGGGAAGCAAUCAAGACGGGUGACCCGUUGCAGUUUGCCAGGAUGGAUCCCGUCGCGAGGAAGAGACUUGCGGCGUGUCAAGAUUUUGUUGAUAUCUGUCGACAGGCCUUGAAGAAGGAUCGCGAGAUCAGGACGAGCGCGAGCGCAUGGCUGGCCUUUCUGGAAGACUUUGGCGCUUGA